GUCUCUUUACUCAAGAACAAGAGCUUGCCAUCGUUCAAAUGGUGCAAGAAAAUAACGCAAUCCGACUUUGUGAGUUGCAACAGCGCAUAAUUGCAGAUAGAAUGGUAUUCAACAAUAUCAACAGGGUCAGCAUUUCUACAAUAAGUCGCAUCCUACAGAAACAUAACUUCAGAAUGAAGCAGCUGUACAGGGUGCCAUUUGAGAGGAACAGUGUCAGGGUCAAGGAUCUGCGCCAUGAUUAUGUGCAGACAGUUUUGGAUUUUGAUGCCGCCGAACAGCCACAGGAGUUCAUCUAUGUGGAUGAGGCAGGCUUUAAUCUGGCCAAAACCAGGCGUCGAGGCCAUAACAUAGUUGGACAAAGGGCUGUUGUAAAUGUCCCUGGGCAACGUGGGGGAAAUAUCACCUUGUGUGCUGCAAUUAGUGUCCAAGGAGUCCUGCAUCAUCAUGCUACUCUAGGUCCCUACAAUACAGGACAGAUCAUUGUAUUUCUAGAUGCACUACAUGCAGUUGUACAGAACAAACCACAGCAGCCCAGGUUUGUUGUCAUCUGGGAUAAUGUUAGUUUCCACCGGGCUUCUCUGGUCCAAGAUUGGUUCACCAACCAUAACAAUUUUACACCUUUAUACCUGCCCCCUUACAGCCCCUUUCUAAAUGCAAUCGAGGAAUUAUUUUCAGCAUGGCGGUGGAAAGUCUAUGAUCGGUAACCACACGCCCACAUGCCUCUUCUGCAAGCAAUGGAAGAGGCAUGUGGAGACAUUGAGGUGGGAUCCAUCCAAGGGUGGAUUAGGCACACAAGACGAUAUUUUCCCCGAUGCCUAGCCCGCGAGGACAUCGCCUGUGAUGUCGACGAGGUCUUGUGGCCAGAUCCAAACAGAAGGCAGGAUUCAUAAGACCCCCCCCCCCCAGGCCCCCACCACACAUAUACAC